GGAGGAGGAGGAGGCGGUGAGGCGGAGGGACGACCCGGCCCCACGCCCGCCAGCCCGCCCGCCCGCGCGCACCCGCCCGUGGCCUCGCGUCCGCCACUGCGCUCGGUAGCGCGGCCGGUCGGAGGGAAGCGCUGUGGCCGGGGUGCCGGGCUAGGACGAGGCAGCGGGCGCCUUGGUGCAGGGAGCCUGACGGAGCCGGAGGUUGGAGCCCGGCGGCCUCGGGAAAUGUUUGGAUUGUGAGCUAUUUCAGAACUCUGUUCUCAGGACCAUUAUUUGAACAUUUGGGAGAAACACAUCCAGAAGGUAUUUUUGGUUCACCACAGUUGGUUAAGUCUCUGGAUGCAGAGCCCACAGAUACGAAGGGCCGAUCGUACUCCUCUUUUACCUCCUAUGUAGAUCUUGAGAGCAUCCACCAUCACAGCCACAGUUUAGUUUUCUGGAGAAUGCUGGCCUUAAAAUCCGAAGACUUAUAUUUGCGCCCUGACUCUUCAUGGAGACUCUUAGCGAGUCAUUUAACCCAUGCUUCAGUUUCCUGAUGUGUAAUCUGACUGUAGGAGGACAGAAGAAUCUGAAGACUCCAGAUGAUAUCUCAACUCCUUUUCAACAGCCUUCUCAAUUUCCUUUCUCAGAAAGCAGAGGCUCAAACCUUGGAGUCAGACGAAUACUGAUAUUUGCAUUUGUUGAAGAACAAAAGAUGAAGAAAGACAAGCAAUAUAUUCACUAAGAAUUAUACCUGCUUGCUACAACAUACCUGUUUGUUAAGGAAUUCUGUGCUUCUUACUUAGAAGUUGAUCAGCUCUGUAGUCCGACUGCCCUGGAGUUUGCCUCCCCGUUAUCUUCUUGUUGCCAGAAGAAAUCCUGAUCAGAAUGUAAGAGUACAGCUCUAUCUAAUUGCUAUGGAAGGUGAUGAAUGACACUUUUUAAAGUUACAUAUCACUCACCGGCAGACCACCAUUCUUUUAAAGUGAAUAGAAGCCAAGCCCUUGUGAACACUUCUAUUGAACAUGACUCAUGGAGAAGAGCUUGGCUCUGAUGUGCAUCAGGAUUCUAUUGUUUUAACUUACCUAGAAGGAUUACUAAUGCAUCAGGCAGCAGGGGGAUCAGGUACUGCCAUUGACAAAAAGUCUGCUGGGCACGAUGAAGAAGAUCAGAACUUUAACAUUUCUGGCAGUGCGUUUCCCACCUGUCAAAGUAAUGGUCCAGUUCUCAAUGCACAUACAUACCAGGGAUCUGGCAUGUUGCAUCUCAAAAAGGCCAGACUGUUGCAGUCUUCUGAGGACUGGAAUGCAGCAAAGCGGAAAAGGUUGUCUGAUUCCAUCGUAAAUUUAAAUGUAAAGAAGGAAGCUUUGCUAGCUGGCAUGGUUGACAGUGUUCCCAAAGGCAAACAAGAUAGCACAUUAUUGGCCUCUUUGCUUCAGUCCUUCAGCUCUAGACUGCAGACUGUUGCUUUGUCACAACAAAUUAGGCAGAGCCUCAAGGAGCAAGGAUAUGCCCUCAGUCAUGAUUCUUUAAAAGUAGAGAAGGAUUUAAGGUGCUAUGGUGUUGCCUCAAGUCACUUAAAAACUUUGUUGAAGAAAAGUAAAGCUAAAGAUCAAAAGCCUGAUACCAAUCUUCCUGAUGUAACUAAAAACCUCAUUGGAGAUAGGUUUGUAGAGUCGCCUCAUCAUGCUGGACAAAGUGGAACAAAGGUCAUGAGUGAACCCUUGUCGUGUGCUGCAAGAUUACAGGCUGUAGCAAGCAUGGUGGAAAAAAGAGCUAGUCCUGCCACCUCACCUAAACCUAGUGUUGCUUGUAGCCAGUUAGCAUUGCUCCUUUCCAGUGAAGCCCAUCUACAGCAGUAUUCUCGGGAACAUGCUUUAAAAACACAGAAUGCAAACCAAGCAGCAAGUGAAAGACUUGCUGCAAUGGCCAGAUUACAAGAAAAUGGCCAGAAAGAUCUUGGCAGUUUCCAGCUCUCAAAAGGAAUGCCAGGCCAUCUUAAUGGUCAGGCAAGAACAUCAUCAAGCAAACUAAUGGGUAGCAAAAGUAAUGCUACACCAUUUCAAAACCCAAUGGGAAUUGUUCCUUCUUCCCCCAAAAAUUCAGGCUAUAAGAACUCACUAGAAAGAAACAAUAUAAAACAAGCUGCUAAUAAUAGUUUGCUUUUACAUCUUCUUAAAAGUCAGACCCUACCUAAGCCAAUGAAUGGACACAAUCAAAAUGAGAGAGGAAGCAUGUUUGAAGACAGUAGUACACCGACAACUGUUGAUGAGUAUUCAGAUAACAACCCUAGCUUCACAGAUGACAGCAGUGGUGAUGAAAGUUCUUAUUCUAACUGUGUUCCCAUAGAUUUGUCUUGUAAACACCGAAUGGAAAAAACAGAAUCUGACCAACCUGUUUCUCUUGAUAACUUAACCCAGUCCUUGCUAAACACUUGGGACCCCAAAGUCCCAGAUGUGGAUAUUAAAGAAGAUCAAGAUACCUCAAAGAAUUCUAAGCUAAAUUCACACCAGAAGGUAACACUUCUUCAAUUACUACUUGGCCAUAAGAAUGAAGAAAAUGUAGAAAAAAACACCAGCCCUCAGGGAGUACACAAUGAUGUGACAAAGUUUAAUACACAAAACUAUACAAGGACUUCUGUGAUAGAAAGCCCCAGUACAAACAGGACUACACCAGUGAGCACUCCACCAUUACAUACAUCGACCAAAGCAGAGUCACCCAUCAAUCUUUCUCAACACUCUCUGGUCAUCAAAUGGAGUUCCCCACCAUAUGCCUGCAGCACUCAGUCUGAAAAGCUAACAAAUACCGCCUCUAACCACUUGAUGGACAUUACAAAAAGCAAAGAGUCUCAAGGAGAGAAACCAGCCCAAAAUGAAGGUGCACAAAAUUCUGCAACUUUUAGUGCCAGUAAACUAUUACAAAAUUUGGCGCAAUGUGGAAUGCAGUCUUCCAUGCCAGUGGAAGAGCAGAGACCCAGCAAACAGCUGUUAAGUAUAAAUACAGAUAAACCAGUAGGUGUGAUUGAUAGAUUAAAUAGCCCUGUGCUUUCAAGUAAAACCAAUGCAGUUGAAGAAAAUAAGGCAUUCAGUAGUCACUCAGCAGGUUCUGAACCAGGACUUUCUGGCUCUGAAAUAGAAAAUCUGCUAGAAAGACGUACUGUCCUCCAAUUGCUCCUGGGAAAUUCCAACAAAGGGAAGAGUGAAAAGAAAGAGAAAAUUCCGGUAAGAGAAGAAAGUACUCAGGAACAUACAGAGAGAGCUUUAAGUGAGCAAAUAUUGAUGGUGAAAAUAAAAUCUGAGCCUUGUGAUGACUUACGUAUUCAUAACACAAAUUUGCACUUGAGCCAUGAUGCUAAGAGUGCACCUUUCUUAGGUAUGGCUCCCACCAUGCAGAGAAGCACAGCUGCCUUACCAGUGUCCGAGGACUUCAAGUCAGAGCCUGUUUCACCUCAGGAUUUUUCUUUCUCAAAGAAUGGUCUGUUAAGCCGGUUGCUGAGACAGAAUCAAGAAAGUUACCUGGCAGAGGAUCCAGACAAGAGUCACAGAGUUAGUGAACUGACACCUCCAGAGUCAAAGAAUCUUUGCGUGGUCCCUAAGAAAAGGAAGCUUUAUACUCAGCCUUUCGAAAAUCCUUUUAAAAAAAUGAAAAACAUCGCCGAUGUUGCAAAUAAUCACAGUGCUCCACAAGUACUUUAUGGGUCCUUGCUCAACCAGGAAGAGCUAAAACUUAGCAGAAAUGAUCUCGAAUUUAAAUAUCCUGCUGAUCAUGGUUCAGCCAGUGAAAGUGAACAUAGGAGUUGGGCCAGAGAGAGCAAAAGCUUCAAUGUUCUGAAACAGCUGCUUCUUUCAGAAAACUGUGUGCGAGAUUUGUCCCCACAUGGGGGUAACACUGUUAUGGACAGUAAAAAGAAAGGACACAAAGAUAAUGUGACAAAUAGCAAACCUGAAUUCAGCAUUUCUUCUUUAAAUGGACUGAUGUACAGCUCCACUCAGCCCAGCAAUUGCAUGGAUAAUAGGACAUUUUCAUAUGCAGGUGUGGUAAAAACACCUGUGAGCCCUCCUUUCCCUGAGCAUUUGGGCUGUGCGGGGUCUAGACCAGAACCUGGGCUUUUGAAUGGGUGUUCCAUACCCAGUGAGAAGGGACCCAUUAAGUGGGUUAUCACAGAUAUGGAUAAGAGCGAAUAUGAAAAAGACUCUCCAAGACUGACCAAAACUAACCCAAUACUGUAUUACAUGCUCCAGAAAGGAGGCAACUCUGUUACCAGUCGAGAAACACAAGACAAGGACAUCUGGAGGGAGCCUUCAUCUGCUGAAAGUGUCUCACAGGUUACAAUCAAGGAAGAGUUACUUCCUUCUGCAGAAACUAAAGCUUCUUUCUUUAACUUAAGAAGCCCUUACAAUAGCCAUAUGGGAAAUAACGCUUCUCGCCCACACAGCGCAAAUGGAGAAGUUUAUGGACUUCUGGGAAACGUGCUAACAAUAAAAAAAGAAUCAGAAUAAAAUGUACCUGCCAUCCAGCCUGGAUCUUUUUAAAACUAAUUAGUAUGAACUUGAGAUCUGUAUAAAUAAGAGCAUGACUUGAGAAAAGCAUGAUAUAUUUGAAACUUUUUUUCAUUUUGCAAAGUAUUGGUUACUGGUGAUGUUUAAAUAUGCAUACUAAUUUUUGCUUAACAUUAGAUGUCAUGAGGAAACUAUUGAACUAGCAAUUGGUUGUUUAUCAUUUCUGUAUGCAUCAGGUAACAACUGUGAGUAAUCUAUGAAUGAAAUUCUUUUAUAAUCAUAAAUAAGAGGCAUAAAUUAAAAUGUAAAAACUCCAUCAGUAGUGGAUCGAUGCAUUGUGCUGCCUUUAUUAGAGUACUUUAAUUUGCACCUCAGAAGUCAGCCUACAUAACAUAUGUUUUUAAAGUCCAAACUGUUAACUCUUUAAAGGAUAAUUACCUAAUUAAAAACAAAACCUUGUGCUGAUUCACAUCUCAUUUUCAAUUCAAAAAUAAAUUAGAAAAAAAUUGCAUACAUUUUUCACUUUUGCUAA